CACAUGAGAUACCCGAACGGGGGCAGAGCUCUAUUAAACUGUGAGGUUUUAUGGUAAUAUUAUGCAGCAAGAACUUCUAACCACUAUGCAAUCAACAGGCGGGGGACGGGACGGGGGGACGUCUUCCUGUAGGUGUCCCUGAAUGUGCUCGGGGUAUUUGUGGGAGGAGCUAGUAGGUGCUGAAAUGAAGACGAACACCUCCUUCUCUGCACACUUCGUCUCACUGCAGGACCUGCACCAUGAGCCGUGACCCCCAGAGCUACCCCUUCCCUCAGGUGUUCCUCGUGGACGGGGGCGGGGGCCCGCAGCACGCCGACCAGCAGCCCAGCCUGGUGCCCUGCUGGUCCUUCCCGCCGGCCCAGCGGAGCAGCGGGCGCCGGGGGAAGAGCCGGCGCUGCACCGGGGCCGGGGCCGCCCUGGUGGUGCUCCUGCUCUUCCUGCUGGUGUUCGCCUCUCUGGGGAUGGAAGCCUACCAGAUCCACAGCAUGCAGGCCGAGCUGAGGGAGCUGAGGGAGAAUCAUCCUCUGGCUGAGUCGAAUACGCCUGGGAAGCAAAUCGCUCUCCGGCCCGAGGAGAAGAAAGAAGACCAAGAGGAGCGAGCUGCAGCCCACGUCACAGGGCGCAUCGAGGUAGAAACCUUCCCUCAGACGCUGCGCUGGGAGCCUCAUGCGGGCCGGGCCUUCACCUCCGGCGCGGUGGCGUACCGGUUGGAGGACGGCGCUCUGCAGCCCAACCGGAGCGGACUGUACCACGUGUAUUCGCGGGUGGAGCUGCUCUUCAGGGACUGCUCGCCCUCGUCAUCCUUUGUGCACUCCGUGUUCGUGAGGCGAGCCGGCCGCUCGGCCCCGCUGACCCUGAUGGAGGCCCACAGGGCCGGGUUCUGCUCCCAGCAGGGGGGGCGGGCCUGGACCACGGAGAGCUACCUGGCCUCCGCCCUGCCGCUGCAGAAGUCCGACAGAGUCUUUGUGAACGUGUCGCACCCAAAGUACCUCAGCCACUCCCAUUACGGCAACUUCUUUGGUCUGUACGAGGUGUGAUGUUCUCGUUAUUACGUCUCUUCCUCUGCUGUAACAACCGGCCUGAUCUGAAACCAGAGAAACACGCUCAGCAUUUCCAACUGGUUGCAAAAUGCAAGUUACACACACACACACACACACACACACACACACACACACACACACACACACACACACAUUGCGCAUUCUUAGAUAUGAUAGUCAGUAAACACUAACACACUGAUUUAGUUGUAGCAUUUAGAAGAAACAUAUUUAUUUGAUUUGAUGUAUGAAUUUGUGUAAAGGUUUGGAAACGAAUAAAGUCAUAAGUUAAGUUGA